AUGACUCCUGGUGAGUCCUUACUGGUACCGCGCCUCUCCUCCGACGGAUCCUCUUUACGAAAUGAGGAUGAGGACGAAGCGCUCUUGACUGGGCAACGGACACACCGCCGAGAUGAAGGACGACGGGGCUGGGGUUUCUGGCGGGAGGUGGGCAUGUUUGCCUGGGCUUUCAUUGCUACAGCUAUAGUCAUUGUACUUGCCGUCGUCUAUCAACAUGAAACCAAAGCUCACAAUGUGUCGGAUGGAACCUGGGGCCCAAAUGGCAAGCCGACCGGCAAGCGAAACCUGAUCUUCAUGGUCUCCGAUGGCAUGGGACCGACUAGUCUAUCGAUGACAAGAAGCUUCCGCCAGCUGACAGAGGGAUUACCGAUCGACGACAUCCUAGUUCUGGACCAGCACCACAUCGGCACAUCUCGAACAAGAUCUAGCAACAGCUUGGUGACAGACUCGGCAGCUGGAGCGACUGCUUUCUCAUGCGGACUCAAAAGCUACAAUGGUGCUAUUUCUGUGCUACCUGAUCACUCUCCUUGCGGAACCGUUCUUGAGGCCGCAGCGCUGGCCGGCUAUAAGACUGGACUGGUUGUUACAACCCGUCUGACUGAUGCAACACCUGCUUGUUUCUCCUCCCACGCCAAUCUGCGAUCUUAUGAAGAUAGCAUUGCGGAACAACAAAUUGGUCAAAACCCGUUGGGAAAGGUUGUCGAUCUCAUGAUGGGUGGUGGACGAUGCCACUUCCUGCCCAAUACUACCGAGGGAAGCUGCCGCGGCGAUGACCGUGACAUUGUUGACAUUGCCUCAAAAAAUGGAUUCAGCUACUUGCAGACUCGGGCUGAGUUUGAUGCGCUCAACGGUGGUUCUGCCGUCAAAUUGCCUUUGUUGGGUCUUUUUGCUAACACUGACAUUCCCUACGAGAUUGACCGCCGCUCUCAGAACGAUGUCUAUCCAUCCCUGGAGGAAAUGGCCCGCACUGCCUUGAAUGCUCUGAGCGAGGCGACUCGCGAUAGUGAGCAAGGGUUCUUCUUGAUGAUCGAGGGUUCGCGCAUCGAUCACGCUGGUCAUGGCAACGAUCCUGCUGCUCAGGUCCACGAGGUUAUGGCCUAUGACAGAGCGUUUGCUGCCGCUUUGGAGUUUUUAGAGAAGGACUCGACUCCCGGUGUCAUUGUCAGCACAUCUGACCACGAAACUGGCGGUCUAUCUGCUGCAAGACAGCUGCACACGUCCUACCCGGAGUACCUCUGGUACCCCCAGGUUCUUGCUAAUGCAAACCACUCUAGUGAAUAUGCCGGCGCCAAGUUUACUGAGUACACUUCUGGAGAAGGUAAGGGCCAUGACGAUUCGAAGAAAAAGUCAUAUGUCCGUAAGACUUUGCUGGAGAAGGACCUGGGUAUCACCGAUGCUUCAGAUGAGGAGCUAGAGGCUAUUAUUCACGCUAAGCCAGGCGUCCCACCCACUUAUGUCUUUGCCGACAUGAUUAGCCGUCGAGCCCAGAUUGGCUGGUCUUCCCACGGGCACUCCGCUGUCGAUGUCAACAUCUACGCAUCCUCUAAAAAGGACGCUUGGCCUUUGCUUGGCAACAACGAGAACACCGAUGUGGGGUCUUUCCUUGCGGACUACCUUGAUCUGAAUGUCGCUGCUGUCACCAAGAAACUUCAAUCCUCAGCUUACUGGAGCACAUCGGGAGAUGCGUCCUCUGAUCAAGAGAAAUACAGCUGGAUGGGUAACCCUCUAGGCUCGAAUGUCCAAACAGAAAGCUUUGACUCUUACCACGGCGACUUCAAGAAGCGAUCACUUGAUGAUUGUGGCUGUGGUGGACUUCAUUGA